UCGUAAUUCCUAGAUCUAGUUGAAAAUGCCAUCCGAACUUAAAGUUGUUCUUCCUGGCGAUUUAAUACCGGCAGCCGAUGAGAAUGACAAGUCUCAAAUGGAAGUGGACGAUGAAGCCCCAGUUGUUCGUCUGGGACCCGGCCUGACCCAAGUCCAAGAAGAUAUCGUGUCGAUGAAGGCUGGCGUGUUGAAGCAUCAAGACACUGGAAACAAAUGGUGGUUAGAAAGUAAUCAGCGACGAUACGUUGCGGCCACGGGAGAAUCCAUUAUUGGUAUCGUCGUUGCGCGACUUGCAGAGUACUAUCGUGUGGACAUUGGAGCAGCCCAAUCUGCCAUUCUUCCUAUUCUUGCUUUUGAAGGAGCAACGAAGAAGAACAAGCCAAAUUUGAUACCUGGAACUUUGGUCUAUGCCAGAGUCAUUCUCGCUAACAAGGAUAUGGAAGCCGAGCUUCAAUGCUUCAACCCGUCCACAGGAAAAGCAGACGGAUAUGGAGAGCUGAAAGGUGGUUUUGUGAUCAAAUGUUCACUUGGACUUUGCCGAAGGCUGCUCAACCCUGAAACACCGAUUCUUAGCUUCUUAGGAGAACAUUUUCCAUUCGAAACUGCAGUCGGUAUGAACGGACGGAUAUGGGUCAACUCUGAAGGACCAAAAUAUACCAUUCUUCUUGCCAAUGCCAUCAAAAACUCUGAAUAUCUCAGUGAGGCUCAAUGCAAAGCCAUGGUGGAUUCUCUCGUCGACAAACUGUAAUAGACUUAUAGGCAUGUGAAUGCUAUU